AUGCCCCUAACCACCCAGGCACCCCCGAGGCGAGCCCCGGGACCACUCCGGAGCCCCUGCCGAGGGUAUGUCCGCGGGGAUCGCCAGGACCACGGAGGAAAGGGGACUCUGGAGGGUGAAGGCAAAGCACUGCGGCGGGUGGGUAGAGCCGAGUUCCAGGGUUAUGCACAGAAGUAUAUUGUGAAGAACUACUUCUACUACUACUUGUUCAAGUUUUCAGCUGCUUUGGGUGAAGAGAUUUUUUAUAUCACUUUCCUUCCAUUUACCUACUGGAACAUAGAUCACUCCGUGUCUAGAAGGAUGAUAAUUAUUUGGUCUAUAGUGAUGUACAUAGGCCAGGUCUCCAAGGACAUCCUGAAGUGGCCUCGGCCCCUCUCGCCACCUGUCGUCAAGCUGGAAAUGAGGACGGAUGCAGAGUACGGGAUGCCUUCCACCCACGCCAUGGCAGCCACUGCCAUCUCCUUCUCCUUUCUCAUUGCAACCAUGAACCAGUACAAGUAUCCGUUUGAACUAGGCCUGGUAGCAGCGUUUGUGUUUUCAGCGCUGGUGUGUCUCAGCAGGCUCUACACGGGGAUGCACACAGUCCUGGACGUGAUCGGUGGAGCGCUGAUUUCGGCUGUGCUGCUUGUGCUCUUGUAUCCUGCGUGGGACAUGAUCGAUCACUUGCUGUUAACUAGUCCCUUCUGUCCACUGCUUUCCAUAGUUGUGCCUCUUGUCUUAUGUUACAACUACCCCAAACUAGACUAUUACAGCCCUACCAGGGGAGACACCACUACUAUCUUAGGAGCAGCAGCUGGAGCAACUGUGGGAUUUUGGUUAAAUAACCAGUAUGUUGCACGAGCCUACACCAGCGAAAAUUUUCAGCUUGGAUUUCCUCUGAUUACCAGUAAAAUAGUGGUGGUCGUGCUAGCCAGGUUCUUUAUAGGGAUCUUUGUUGUUCUACUGACACGCCAGCUCAUGAAAAGUGUGGUCCUUGGCAUGCUGGGUUAUCGGUACAAGUUUCCCAUUGGCGACCUGGAAGCCCGAAGACGCCUGGAAGUCGAAGUGCCGUAUAAAUUUAUAACGUACUCCUCAGUUGGCUUCAGUGCUACCGUGAUUGUGCCGCUGCUGCACGAGAUGUUAGGACUGAUGUGA